CGGUCUCUGGGAGAAGGGGACGAAAAGCCUCGAGCGGCUGUUAGACUGUUGGUUAUCGGUGUAGAAUUGAUAUAAGAAAGUAUUUUGUUUAAGUUAAAACAAAAAAACUAACAAACAAACACAAAACGCGGUUUGCUUUGCACAGGUGUGUAAAUCUUUAGUCUUUAAAUCGUCUCAUAGGGCAUACGGCAGUGAUUUUAGUCUCGCGCGCUCGUGUGUGUGUGUGUGUGUAUGUUGGAUUUUUACCUGCUGUGAUCCACUACACUGACCCAACGGAAAACUUUCCAGGUCCGAAAGCUUCUUGUUUCCUGGCAUUUCGGCAUGUCUGGGGUAGUCACUCCAGAUAGGUAACCGGGUGUGUUGCUGUUGCCAUGGCAACGCGGCUGCAGCCAAUGUUGCGUCUGGUCCUCCUCCUCCUCCUCUUCCUCCUCUGCGCCCUCCUGCUCUCCUCGACGGCAGCGCAGGACCACGAGUGGCAUUUUGACUCGACUACUUGUCGUUAUGCCCUGGGGAUGGAGGAUGGAACGAUCCCAGAUUCAGAUAUCUCAGCAUCCAGUGCCUGGUCUGACUCUACAGAGGCUAAACAUGGCAGACUGAGUACAGGAGAGGGGGAUGGUGCAUGGUGUCCUUUAGGACCGGUGUUCCCCAAUCCAUCAGAGUAUUUGCAGGUGGACCUGCACAAGCUGCACUUUCUGUCUCUGGUGGGUACGCAGGGUCGCCAUGCCGACGGGCACGGACGGGAGUUUGCACGUAGUUACCGGCUCCGUUACUCGAGGGACGGCCGACACUGGAUCACCUGGAAGGACCGAUGGGGCCAAGAGGUGAUCUUGGGCAAUGAGAACACAUACGAAGUGGUUCUAAAGGACCUGGGUCCUCCCAUCAUAGCGCGAAUGGUCCGGUUCUACCCCUUGGCUGACCGCAUGAUGAGUGUUUGUCUGAGGGUUGAGCUCUAUGGCUGCUUGUGGAGCGAUGGACUGAAGGCCUACACUGCACCAAUGGGUCACAUUAUGCACCUUUCUGGCUCCCCUGUUUAUCUCAACGACUCCAUCUAUGACGGCAGCGUGGAAGCAGGGGUGUUGUUUGGAGGUUUGGGUCAGCUAUGUGAUGGGGUGUUAGGAGGAGAUGACUUUGCAGAAACUAAGGAGCUACGGGUCUGGGCGGGUUACGACUACAUUGGCUGGAACCGUGAAGCGAUGGGAAAACCUACAGUCGACAUAGAGUUUCACUUUGAGAAACCACGUCUCUUUCACACCAUGCAGGUGCACAGCAAUAACAUGCACACGCAGGGUGUGCGUGUCUUCUCUGAGGUGUUGUGUGAGUUUAAGGCGAGCUUGCUGAGCCCGUGGAGUGAGCCAGCUCUGAGCGUGCACGUGCCCCUGAGCGACCUGCGAGACCCCUCCUCGCGCACAGUCACGCUGCCUCUAGGCGGCCGGCCUGCGCACAUCCUCCGCUGCCACUUCACCUUCUCUGACCGCUGGCUGCUUAUCAGCGAGAUCAACUUUUACUCUGAGCCUUUUGAUAGUGGCUUACCGAUACCCUCUAUAGCGACGCCUCCUCCCUCCCUCACUUCUCGCUCUCCUCUCUUCACCUCGCCUCCUCUGACCUCUUCCAUCUUUCCCAACACUACUAAUUCCAGCAGGCACCAAACAGAUGAGGCUGAUGAAGAAAUUGUUGCUAUCACCCAAAGGACCGGGGUGCCUGUUGUUAAGGAUGACAGCAGCAACACUGCUAUCCUGAUUGGCUGCCUAGUAGGCAUAAUACUACUGCUAUUGGCUGUCAUCGUCGGUAUUCUGUGGAGGCAGUACUGGAAGAAGCUGCUCGGCAAGGCCCAGGGCAGUCUCUCCAGCGACGAGAUGCGAGUUCACCUCUCGGUUCCGACGGAGAACGUGGUGAUCAAUAACACAAACACGCACACGUACUCCAGUCGUUACCAGCGCAUACACACUUUCCCUGAUGACGCUGAGAGAGAAGGAGAGUACCAGGAGCCCAGCACUGUGGUACGCCCUCGAGAGCAGCGUGACAGCACAGCCUUGCUGUUAUUCAACCCAGCCUAUCACCUUCUUCUGUCUGACCUGAGAUAUGGCCUCAACAGGCUGCCAAUCUGCUCCAGAGAGUCUGUUAAACCCCAAAACCUGCCCCAGGCAUGCAGUCUAGAUACGGACGAUAAAGAGCCGCCCGUUCAGGAAGGACCGCCUCCGUACCCCGGAGCCCCGCCUCCCCUGCUGGGAGCUCAUUAUGCAGAAGCCACAGGGGGCGGGCCCAGUGUGCCUCAUUAUGCAGAAGCAGACAUCAUCAGCCUGCAGGGUGUAAGCGGUAACAACACCUACGCGGUCCCUGCCCUCUCAGCCACGCCCACCGAGUGCCCACCCCUCCCUGAGCUACAGCGGGAACGACUCCUCUUCAAAGAGAAGCUUGGAGAGGGCCAGUUUGGAGAGGUUCAUUUGUGCGAGAUAGAAAACCCUCAAGACCUCCCGAAUCUCGAGUUCCCUUUCAAUGUGAGGAAAGGACGCCCUCUGCUGGUAGCGGUGAAGAUUCUGCGGCCUGAUGCCUCGAAAAACGCCAGGAACGACUUCCUGAAAGAGGUGAAGAUCUUGUCUCGUCUGAAAGAUCCGAACAUAAUCCGCUUGCUGGGGGUGUGUGUGAGCAGUGAUCCUCUGUGCAUGGUUACUGAAUACAUGGAGAGCGGUGAUCUUAACCAGUACCUCUCCCAGCGAGUGUUACUGGACAAGACCGGACCGCUGCACAACAUGCCAACCAUCAGCUACCCUGCCCUGAUCUCCAUGGCGAGUCAGAUAGCAUCAGGGAUGAAGUUCCUGGCCUCACUUAACUUUGUGCAUCGAGACUUGGCUACACGCAACUGCCUGGUUGGAGGAGAGCGGGGUGAAGGAGACGACAGAACAGGAGAGAGGCACAUUAAGAUCGCUGACUUUGGCAUGAGCCGGAACCUGUACGCCGGAGAUUACUACAGGAUCCAAGGGAGGGCUGUGCUUCCUAUCCGAUGGAUGGCCUGGGAGUGUAUUCUCAUGGGCAAGUUUACUACUGCCAGUGAUGUGUGGGCAUUUGGAGUGACACUGUGGGAGAUGCUAAGUGUAUGUCAGGAGCAGCCCUAUGGUCACAUGACUGAUGAGCAGGUCAUCGACAAUGCAGGGGAGUUCUUUAGAGACCAAGGAAGACAGGUAUACCUGGCUCGGCCGGCGGUUUGUCCCCAGGGCCUGUAUGAGCUGAUGCUGAGCUGCUGGAACAGAGACUGUAAACUCCGGCCCUCUUUCACACAGAUUCACUCCUUCCUCACCGAGGAUGCCAUGAACAUGGUGUAAAGAGACGGACACAUGAAACAAGUGUAUCUCGCCUUCAGACAGACGAGGGCUGUUUGUGUAGCCUGCCCAAGCUGCUUGGAGGUGAUAUUUGGUGUAGAAGUAGGCGGAGCUAAGCACUCUUAUGUAAAUUUGCGCAAUUUACCUUUGGCAGGUCAGGGCUGGAAGAUGCUGCUGGUUCGGUUCUCGUGCUCGACCCUGCUUCAGACCUAGAACCCUAAUCCCUUACACCCUAAACCUAAUGUUAGUUAAUCUGUAGUCCUGAACUAAUCACAAAUCUGCAGUUCAUCUUAAAUCUCUCACUGAUUAAAAAACAAACAAACAAAAAAAACAUUUUACUCUACAAGGUGGAGGGCUUUUUCUAUUGCUGAAAACUAUAUAGACUGUGAACAAAUUAGGUGAUAUUAUUAUACACACAAUCUUUGUGAUUCUAGCAAAUAAAAAUGUUCUUAAACACGGCACAACAAAGAAAAAAAAAGCAGUAGGCAUAGAAACGCUUAUCUGGUAGUUAGGAGUGAAUUCUGUCAAAUCUCAGUAUUCACGCUGGGUACAGAGGGUUCUUCAUUCCGAUCUCGAGCCUUUAUUUGCUCAGCGGUUGAUGUGUGAUUGCUAAAUCUGAAGCACAAGGCUACAGCACUUCUUUCAGAGUAACUCGGUAAGCAGGACACAUCUUUAAGACUUGGUUGAGGGACUUUCAUGGGUUUUUAGUAGAAUUACAUGCUUCUUUUUUUUUUUUUUUUUGAGGUGUUUAUUUUCGCAUCUUAAAAAUCACGGACAUGGUGCUCCAUAACCAUUUGGACACAUUCUCCAAACCUGCUGCCUCCAAAACAAUGUUAGCCUUUCGUUACUUAUUAAAGUCGGUCAGUUUAGCCUGGGGAAUCAAUUCACAGUUUGAUUUCUGCUCCAGAUUGAACAGAAAUGAUGUAAAGUGCUGUUGUUUAUUGAGAACAGGGUUGGAUGGGGCUCCUCCCAGUGACCGUAUAUUCGGACAGCAGCUCUCUGAUGACCUCCAGCAGCAGGCUGUGAUUUUGAACCCCAGUCUCACACACAUGCACACACACACACACACACACACACAGAGUCUUAAUUAGAUUGCGUCUAUGUUCACAUACUAAUGACUUACAGGUAAUGAUGUUAUGUUCGGUAACGUGUCAUGAAGAUCAGUGAAGUUCUUUAUCAAUAUUUGUAUAAUAACGGCAUCGUGGAUGAAGCAGGGAUUGCCACCAUUCAGUGGCGUGGUUGGUGGUGCCAGAUCUUCUUGGAUUCUCUUCACAGCAACCUGUAGUGAGCAACGAGUAGCAGUUCUAUGGCUUGAAAUGGCUCGUCGAUGUGAAUCAAGCUGACAGGAAGGCUAUAGGUUCUCAAAUGAUCACUCUUUACCACCAUGGUGAACAGAAAAGCAUCUCAGAAAAACACAUUAGAGGUAAUGAAGCUACUACAACAAAACACCAUACAAAUGAUCCAAACCGGACAGAUGACUACUGAAGAAAAAAAAGUUGUUAACUAGUUCAUAAAGUCUAGGCUAUGAUGAAAAUGCAGCGGACUUUUCCAGAAUCCUAUAUUUGACGUUUACGUCAGCUGUCGUGUUUUUUUUUUUUUUUUUUUAGGCCUUUGUUAUCCUGUGAGCUUUGAGAUUGUUAAUGUUUUGUGUCUUUUGAGGACUUGCAAACUCAAGCAACCAAACAAUUAGUUUUCAAUCCUGUUGUCAGAAAAGCUUCCGACCGAUUCACAAGGCUCCGUCUUACCUCUACGUGUAAAAAGUAAUGGCACACAAACUGAAAAUGCCAGUCGCGAGUGUAGUCCUGUGAUUUCACUCCCUUCUCAAAAAAGAGGAAUAUGUUAUCGUAGUAAUCACUUUGAGCGUUGAUACUGCAAAGCCUCACUUUAUACUGCAAUCACCUGCUCUUAAUGACCUUCAAGAGGAUGUUCUUAUUUUUUUGAUCAUGUGUAAGCUGUUAUUUGGACCAAGGAAGCGCAGCAUGGUGCAGAAACCAAGACUACCUGUAGGAGGUGGUGCGAGUUCAGUCGCACUAGAACUGUGUCGUGAUUCCAGCGAAUGUGAACGCAGCUCGUACUCGUUCAGGAUGUAAAGUAACCUGCGUGUGUGUGUUUUAGUCGAUGACGUCUUCAUUGGUUUCCACCACACACCUGUAGAAUGAGGGGCAGCUUGUGAGGUGGAGAUGAGGAGCCUUAUUCAGAUAGGUGGAGGAAAAAACCACAGGAGCAGUAAAACACAACUCACAAGAAUGUGUAAUAGCACCAAAAAGAAAACUUAACGUGUUUGUGACGAUGGCCUUCAUAAAAUCAUGUGAGUCUGAAACCAGACUAACGCUACAAGAGCCCCAGGAUCACGUCCAGUGUGUAAACCACCUUACACAAUUCCUAGACCCUGAUCAUUGCUGUUCUGAAGCCAAAAGUUAUUAAAGUCUAACAAAGGAUAAAGUCUAACUGACCAAACACAAAGUGGGAAUCAGAUCAGGAAUCAUUCUACACCAAAUAUACGGUCAUUGACUCCGUCCUUGUUCUUUACACACACGUAUUGACUGGUUAACAACAGGAGACACAUCUAGUCCACGUGAAGGUCCUAAACUGAGGAAAUUACCGACUGAGCUGUUCUAGAAAAACCUGCUUGCUUCAUAUUGUCAACAAACCGUUUAUAGUUCGAUUUUGGAGAAACGCUAGAGUGUAAAUAUGUUUAUGAGUAAUUGAACGAUGCAGGACAGGCUUUAUUUGCACUUUACUGUCGGCUGUGAUGUCGAGCACUACAAACGGCGACGGCAGAGCGACACGACUUUUUGUUCAUUUUCAGUGGGAGCGAGUAAAUCAAGAAGUAGAUCAGAACUCUCUCUGGCUUCAGUUUCCCCCGGUUUUUUAUUUUUAAAUAAUUCUCUUGAGGCACUUCAGCAGUGAGUGAUUAUUGUAUGGGACAAACUUGUAGGCUGUGAAACCUACAGAUGUUUAUGCGUGUGUUAAGAGUUGUGGGCAGGGUUUGAGGUUUCUAAAGCUACCAGCUUUAACCCCACAUCCUGUACCCUUUCAGAUGGGAAGAAUGUGAUACACAAAUGGUUAUGUUACCAUGUCAAACGUCCUUUAACCUUUUUUGAUACACUGUAAUCCUGAACUAAAUCUUGUAUUUUUAUAACUCCGAUUUCAGGCAGCGCUUUUGCAGCUGUUCCUUGUGCUCCUGUUUCUUUAAUGUAAAGGGAUAUGACGGUAUGUAAAUAAUCAACGGGACAUAAUGUUCAUUGCUGAUAUUUGGUAUGGUUGGUGUGAAUGGUUCUGAAUUGGUCUGUCUCUUUUGAGCUUUGCUGACUGUUCAGUGUUGUCUUUUUUUUGUAGUUUUAAUAAAGUAAUCAAUUCUGACAAAAA